AUUCAAUGAAAGAAGCUGGUUUUCCCUUAGGCGUACUGCUUCUGUUGGGAGUUGCCUAUAUCACAGAUUAUUCCAUUAUAUUACUGAUCAAAGGAGGAAAUCUCUCUAGUACCAACACCUAUCAAGAGCUGGUCAGAAAAACAUAUGGCCUUAUAGGUUAUCUAAUUCUUUCAACUCUUCAAUUUUUAUAUCCAUUUAUUGCUAUGAUUAGUUACAACAUAAUAACUGGAGACACUUUAACUAAAGUUUUUUUGAGAAUUCCUGGAGUUGGACCAGAUAAUAUACUUACAGAUCGUCACUUCAUAAUUCUUCUUACCACCAUCAUCUUUACCUUGCCUUUAUCUUUAUAUCGUGACAUAGCAAAAUUGGGAAAGGUAUCUCUUAUUUCUCUGAUUUUAACCAUUGUUAUCCUGGUUAUUGUGAUGGUGAGGACAGUAACAUUGGGUCCACAGGUACCCAAAACAGAAAAUGCAUGGAUAUUUGCAAAAUCAAAUGCAGUACAAGCCAUUGGGGUGAUGUCAUUUGCAUUCAUCUGCCACCAUAACAGCUUUUUAAUAUAUGGCUCUCUUGAAGAACGCACGUUAAACAACUGGUCUCGAAUCACACAUGUGUCUGUCUCCCUUGCUGUUGUUAUCAGUGUACUAUUUGCUGCAUGUGGGUACAUGACUUUUACAGGAUACACAGAAGGAGAUAUAUUUGAAAACUACUGUAGAGAUGACAACCUUGCUACAUUUGGGAGGUUUUGUUAUGGAGUUACUGUAAUUUUGACCUUCCCCCUUGAAUGUUUUGUGACCAGAGAGGUGAUUGCCAAUGUGUUUUUCCAUGGGAACCUCUCAACCGUUUUCCAUAUUGUUGUGACAGUAAUUAUCAUUGCUGUGGCAACUGGUGUAUCGUUAGUGUAUGAUUGCCUUGGAAUAGUUUUAGAGCUGAAUGGAGUACUGAGUGCUACCCCACUUGUUUUUAUCAUCCCAACAGCGUGUUAUCUAAGGCUGUCCAAAGAGCGGUGGAACCAUUCGGAUAACCUCAUAUCCUGCCUGAUUCUUGUUAUUGGUGGGCUAGUGAUGACAGUUGGGUUUGUUUUGACUCUUUUGCAUCCCCAGGAAUGUAGCCAUGGAAAAGAAAUGUUCUACUGCUUCUCUAGUAAUGUUUCUUUUCACAACAGUACACUUCCCCCUUAGGUAACACACCAAUCUGAAUGAGAUCAGGUGUGUCUUCCACCAAGCCAUAUAGUCCAGUUUAAAGGUGCCUGGAACAAAGAUUUUGUUUUCCUAUGCACCAAUAAUUUUAAUCUGUAUAACCGUAUUUAUAUACUUUAUGUUGCCAUCCUUUUUCUGAUUAAAAACUUAGCUUUUAACUGUUGAAACAAAUUCUCAAAGGUGCCUUGCAGGAGACAUUACUUGCUUAACUUGCAAACCUUCCAAAAAAGCUUAAUUUAUGUUAGUGAGUCACCAGUGCAGUUUAAAAAUUAUAGGUGAAAUGUGUAGGAAUGUAAACUCUUCCCAUGUUUCAUUGCUUUUAU